AUCAUUGUCUCAUGCUGUGGCUGCUUCCAUGGUCGGACAUUGGCUGCAAUCUCCAUGAGUUGUGACAAUGAAGCUACUCGUGGCUUUUGGCCCCUAUUACCUGGGCAACUUAAAGUUGAUUUUGGAGAUGCUGUUGCCCUUGAAAAAUUAUUUAAAGAGAAAGGAGAUCAGAUAGCUGGCUUUUUGUUUGAACCAAUUCAGGGAGAGGCUGGGGUUAUAAUUCCGCCUGAAGGUUACCUGAAGGCUGUUAGAGAUCUUUGCUCAAAGUACAAUAUAUUGAUGAUUGCUGAUGAAAUACAAAGUGGUUUGGCACGUUCUGGUCGAUUGCUGGCUUGUGAUUGGGAAGAAGUUCGUUCAGAUGUUGUUAUAUUGGGAAAAGCAUUAGGUGGUGGAGUGUUGCCUGUGAGCGCUGUACUUGCAGAUAAAGAUGUUAUGCUUUGCAUUCAGGCCGGAGAGCAUGGAAGCACCUUUGGGGGGAAUCCUUUGGCUAGUGCAGUUGCAAUUGCAUCUUUAGACGUAAUAAGAGAAGAAGGACUUGCAGAGAGAUCUGCUCAGAUGGGAGAGCAACUUAGACAUCAGCUGAUGAAGGUUCAAGAGCAGUUUCCUAAUUUCAUAAAAGAAGUUCGAGGGAAAGGCCUAUUCAAUGCUGUGGAGCUUAAUAGCAAGUCCUUAUUACCUGUGACAGCUUAUGACAUAUGUAUGAAACUGAAGGAGAGAGGAAUUCUUGCUAAGCCAACUCAUGAUUCUAUAAUACGCUUGACGCCCCCACUGUCGAUGAGUUUGGAGGAGCUCCAAGAAGGGUCUAAGGCCUUGCAUGAUGUUUUUGAAGUUGAUCUACUGAAGAUGCAGAAAGAGAAGCCAGCAACAGUUUCCCAUGCUACCUCUAGUGUCUGUGACCGCUGUGGCCGCAACUUAUAUGGCUCUUCAUAAGGUAUUGAAAGUAGAGGUAGUUUCCAUAGAUAGCAGUAGUCCCCGUCUUCUUGUUCUACACUAUACAGUUCAUAUCAAUCAAUAUGCUUUCCCAUAAAAAGUAUCAUCACUGUAGUACCCCAGAUGUCUGAAUUUAUGGACGAUCAACUAUUUGGUGCCCGUUAAAACCAUUAUCUUAAUUCUAAUGCAUAAACCAUUAUAUCCA